AUGGAAGAGAAGCAGAGAAGCAAGAGGAAGAGGGCCUGUUCAUCAGAACCAAAUGCUGUAGUCCAUGCAAGUUUUCUGUAUAGAUACAUUGGCUAUCUCCUCCCUGCUUUGGCCAAAGCCACUGGCAAUGCUAGUUCUCGCCGCCAAAUCGAAGACCAAAAGCUCAAAAGCACAGUUAGGUUUGAAGUCGACAUGGCACUGGCUCUCUCUGCCAAUGGCUUUAAGUGGAGCCGUGCCCUGAGGCACAAGCUUGAGCGUCGCAAAGUUGAGAUCCCCUUGAUCACUUCAGAGAGCCAGCAGCUUCCUAUGUUUCUAGCCACCACAACGAUUCCCAGGUCACUGGCAUUUGUGAAUCCAACAAGGCCAAAAAGUUUGAGCAGAAGAAGCUACAUGAGCCUGAUCAGAGUUGAGGAUGAGUACAGCCAGCGUGUGAGAGCUCUGAGGAAGAUUUUGCCAGGUGGGAGUGAGAUGUGCCUCAGUGAGUUGCUAUAUGAAGUGAAGAGCUACAUGGUUUACCUGCAACUGCAAGUUAACAUUCUCAAAUCUCUCGUAGAAGCCCACUGAUGAGGAUGGGAAUUUGAUUUCUGUAAGAAAUAAAUCAUGUUAAUAACCUCAAACAUGCUUUGAACUAGCUUUGCAAUCAUAAGUUGGGGUUGGUGUAACAAGCCUCGCCUUUUAUUCGUGUCAUAACUCAUAAGGUUGAUGCUUCAAAA